AUCCAGGGGGCUAUCCUGGUGUCUUCCCUGCUCCAACUAGUCCUGGGCUUGUCAGGUCUAGUGGGCCUAGUGCUGAAGUUUAUCGGGCCCCUGGCCAUCGCUCCCACCAUCAACCUCAUUGGCAUCUCACUCUUCAUAGAAGCCGGGAAGAAAUCUGGGGCCCACUGGGGAAUAGCUGCCCUGUGAGUAAAAGUCAUUUUGCUAUAUUCCUGCCAAAACUGACGUUCACUGUUGUUGUUUAUUCAAUGGAGGAGUGCAGAGGUUUUGAACAGGCUUCACUUGGCACCACUGCACUCAAAGUUCAGAUAAUUUGACACUUGUUCUGUGACCAAUGCAACCUUGAGGCGUGCAAACCAUUAAUAAUAAGUGGGGCCUGAUAAUGACCAAGCCUUCUUGUAGGUCUAUAGAAGCUCUGUUUUUGUAGCCUUUUCAAUGUAAAACUGAAUAUGUGACCGACCGUCUCGAUUCGGUCUUAUUUAGCAAAAUUUGAAAUUGUGUUUUUUACAUUGGAUAAAAGUAGAGACUCAGAGCUAGAAACUGGUAUAUCAUACACUACAGUUGAGGAACAAUGGGAAAGUAAUUCUGCUUGGAAAGUUGAUAAACUUGCAACCCCACUUUUGAGAAAAUUGUCCUUGAAUGUUUUGGUACACCUACUGGAUAGCUCUUCUUUGUCUACACCCAUUUAGUAGUGUACUAAACAACCAAAGAUUUCAAGACUAAAGGCUGGUGUUAUGAUGAGUUUCUAGGUAUCAAGUGAUUACGAAUGUAAGGAUGUACUUAAACACUUUUGAUGGGGAGUUCAUAUUAGUAUUUAAUAUGUACAUGGUUAGUUAUAACAGAAUGACAGAGCUUUGCCUCUCUCAUCUCCCUCACUCUAUAACAAAGAUCCACUCUCUCUUUAUAUACACUCUGUUACAAGUCACUCCACGAACAUCUGGUAAUCAUCAUGGGCACUCCCAUUCUUUGAUGUUAUUACUCUUUACCCCAAGUCAGUAUAUCCUGUCCAUCAAUCAUGCUAUCAUAAACAUCAGUAAUCUCCUUUGACAUAAUGGAAUGUAGACUCCAUGGCCCCAAACCACUUAUCUAGUAACUCUAAUCUGGUCCCCACGAUACUAUGACAUGACAUCAUAACACUAUAAAAACCUAAUAUCAGCUGGUUUAUACUAUGUCUAUCGACAUGUCUGUAUACAGCUGUCGCAGUGACAUCAUGAAUAUUCUAUUGUCGUCCGACAUCAAACUUGUCGUUGUCGUUAUGAAAAAGUAUAAACACAAAAACUACAGGCUGCAUGACAUCAGCAGCCUGAUGGUCCAAAACAGCAUAUCUGGUGUAUUUUAACACCAAUUAACCCAUCCUUUAAAAAAUGAAUUUAGUAUAUGUCAAUCUAGCAAAGCAGGCAACUAAAAGCAACUUUCUAAACAAUGUUUUGGUUCGUUUCUAGCUUUUUAGCUAGCUAACUGCCACUCAAUAUGGGUGGGAAUAGUAGUGAUCUUGAUAAUUAUCGUCCCAUUUCCAGGCUUCCAUGUCUAGCUGAGAUUCUUGAAUCUUUGGUAAAUAAGCAACUUCGCUCUUUUUAUCUAAGCAUGGUAUUUUGAAUAUUAAUCAACCUGGGUUUAGGCCAGGGCACAGCACUAUCACAGCAACCACAUUAGUUGUUAAGGAUUGGAUUACAUCUUCACUCAUCGGAUGGUUCUAUAAUCAAACGAGUCCCUGCAUACAAAUACCUUAAAAAACAUACAACCGGGCUUGUUAAGAAGCUAAGAUUUAAAGUAGGCUUUAUCUACAGAAACAGAUCUUGCUUUUCUCUAGUCAGCAGGAAGCAGAUUGUGCAGUCAACUUUUCUACCUGUUCUUAAUUAUGGUGACACUAUUUAUGAAAGUGCAGCUGCUACUACUCUCAAACCCCUGGAUGCCGUUUAUCAUAGUGCCCUUUGUUUUAUCACAGGAGACAUUUUUAUUAUUCAUCAUUGCAUUAUUUUUCCAAAGGUUGGCUGGACCGCUUUGAAGUCACAUAGAUCACAUCAUUACACUCUUUUUGUUUAUAAAGCUCUGCUCCACAAACUUCCGACUUUCCUAUCAUCACUGUUAAGAUUUAAAAUGGCAAGUUAUCAAACCCAUUCAUAGGGUUGGUUAACUCUGGAGACUGCUUUGGUGUCUAGAGAGUUACGUAAAUCAGCUUUUAAUAUCCUUGCACACUAUGUUUGGAAUAAUCUCCAAAAUACAGUACAUUUCGACUGGAUGCUUCGGUGUCCCUAGGGCAAUUCCGACAACUGACAGAGGAUUUUUAUAAUGAAGAAUGUGUUUGUUUUAAUUGACUGUGUUUUGUAUCUUAAUGUGUAUAUUGUGUAUAUUUACAGUGCAUUCGGAAAGUAUUCAGACCCCUUCACUUUUUCCACAUUUUGUUACGUUACAGACUUAUUAUAAAAUGGAUUAAAAAAAUAAAAAAUCUACACAUAAUACCCCACAAUGACAAAGCAAAACAGGUUUUUAGACAUUUUUGCAAAUGUAUAAAAUUUUAAAAAAAGAAAUACCUUAUUUACAUAAGUAUACCCUUUGCUAUGAGACUCGAAAUUGAGCUCAGGUGCAUCCUUUUUCCAAUGAUCAUCUUUGAGAUGUUUCUACAACUUGAUUGGAGUUCACCUGUGGUAAUUUCAAUUGAUUGGACAUGAUUUGGAAAGGCACACACCUGUCUAUAUAACGUCCCAGAGUUGACAGUGCAUGUCAGAGCAAAAAGCAAGCCAUGAGGUCGAAGGAAUUGUCCGUAAAGCUCCGAGACAAGAUUGUGUCGAGGCACAGAUCUGGGGAAGGGUACCAAAACAUUUCUGCAGCAUUGAAGGUCCCCAAGAACACAGUGGCCUCCAUCAUUCUUAAAUGGAAGAAGUUUGGAACCACCAAGACUCUUUCUAGAGCUGGCCGCCCGGCCAAACUGAGCAAUCGGAGAAAAAGGGCCUUGGUCAGGGAGGUGAACAAAAACACGAUGGUCACUCUGACAGAGCUCCAGAGUUCCUCUGUGGAGAUGGGAGAACCUUCCAGAAGGACAACCAUCUCUGCCGCACUCCACCAAUCAGGCCUUUAUGGUAGAGUGGCCAGACGGAAGCCACUCCUCAGUAAAAGGCACAUGACAGCCCGCUUGGAGUUUGCAAGAAAGGCACCUAAAGGACUCUCAGACCGGUGAAGCAUGAUGGUGGCAGCAUCAUGCUGUGGGGAUGUUUUUCAGCGGCAGGGACUGGGAGACUAGUCAGGAUCGAGGGAAAGAUGAACGGAGCAAAGUACAGAGAGAUCCUUGAUGAAAACCUGCUCCAGAGCGCUCAGGACCUCAGACUGGGGCGAAGGUUCACCUUCCAACAGGACAACGACCCUAAGCACACAGCCAAGAAAACAUAGGAGUGGCUUCAAGGCAAGUCUCUGAAUGUCCUUGAGUGGCACAGCCAGAGGCUGGACUUGAACCCGAUCGAACAUCUCUGGAGAGACCUGAAAAUAGCUGUGCAGCGAUGCUCCCCAUCCAACCUGACAGAGCUUGAGAGGAUAUGCAGAGAAGAAUGGGAGAAACUCCCCAAAUAAAGGUGUGCUAAGCUUGUAGUAUCAUACCCAAGAAGACUUGAGGCUGUAAUCGCUGCCAAAGGUGCUUCAACAAAGUACUGAGUAAAGGGUCUGAAUACCUUUGUGUUAUGUGAUAUUUCAGUUUUUUAUUUUUUAUACAUUUUCAGAAUAAAAAACAACAACUGUUUUUGCUUUGUCAUUAUGGGGUAUUGUGUGUAGAUUGAUGAGGAUAUUUUUUUUUGAAUCCAUUUUAGAAUAAGGCUGUAAAGUAAAUUAUUUUGGAAAAAAGUGAAGGGAUCUGAAUACUUUCCGAAUGCACUGUAUGUUUAUCUAUACUUGCCUUUUGAUGUACUUGUUUUGUAUUGUGCAGGCCAGGGCUCAUUUGUAAAAGAGACUUUAGUCUCAUUAUGACUUCCCUUUUGAAAUAAAGGUACAUUUAAAAAAAAUAAGGGUCACAGACCUACAGUAGCCUGUGUCUGGGAAGGUUUGCUAUGGGGCGGCAGGUAGCUUAGUGGUUAAGAGCGUUGUGCCGGUAACCGAAAGGUCGCUGGUUCUAAUCCCUGAGCUGACUAGGUGAAAAAUCUGUCGAUGUGCCCUUGAGCAAGGCACUUAACCCUAAUUGCUCCUGUAAGUCGCUCUGGAUCAGAGCGUCUGCUAAAAUGUAAAUGUAAAAAAAUGAGGCAAAACUGUGGUUGCAUGUUUGGACGUGUUGAUAAUGAAUUAGAAAGGAAAGGCUUUAUUCCUGGAAGCAGGGCUGUGAGUUGAAGAGAGGAUCUGCAUCGUGGGGAACACCCUUGACCGGCUUCAGACAGCUGUCACAAUAUUAGAUGGCGAAGAUAAAACCCAAGGCCAGGCAGUCCCAAAUGGCACCCUAUUCCCUAUAUAGUGCCCUACUGUUGCCCGGGGUCCUCCAGUGCACCGCAUAGGGAAUAAGGUGCCAUUUGGGAUGCAAACUUAGUGAACAGGUUCUCACUCAUCUGAGUACUGUUAUCGAACUACAAAUAGUUACCAUCAGUAUCCCACAAAUACAUAAUGUGGCGCCACUAGAGAUCCUGGUUCGACUCCAGGCUCUGUCGCAGCCGGCCGCGACCGGGAGACCCAUGGGCGGCGCACAAUUGGUCCAGUGUCGUCCAAGGUAGGGGAGGGUUUGGCCGGCAGCGGUGUGGGUUCGUUUCCCACGGGGGGCCAGUAUAUAAAAAAACAAAACAUGUAUGCAUUCACUAACUGUUAGUUGCUCUGGAUAAGAGCGUCUGCUAAAUGACGUAAAAUGUAAAAAUGUAAGAUAACAUGCAUUUGAUUGUCAUAAUAUGUUCUGGGGUUUAUUGUUAAUACACUAUGCAUUUUCAGUUAGUUUUAUCACCCAGGAUUUGCCUUAAUCUCCCUUGGGUGGCAGCCUUUUGUUGUGAGCUUUAAGCAACGUCUUAACGUCUUAAAUAAAGGGUGGGAUCACACUCGCACAACUGCAUGUAAUGACAUGUUAUUCCUCGAGGUAACUCACUCCAAGCUGAGGUGUAUGAAAACAUGUCAAGCCUAUAUAUGGGGGCGGCAGGUAGCCUAGCAGUUAAGAGUGUUGGGCCAGUAACUGAAAGGUCGCUGGUUUGAAUUCCUACAACGAUUAGGUGAAAAAUCUGUUUAUGUGCCCUUGAGCAAGGCACUUUACCCUAAUUGCUCCUGAAGGUCUCUCUGGAUAAGAGCGUCUGCUAAAUGACCCAAAUGUGUAAGUAAUUGUGGCCCUGGGUUAGAAACCACUGGCUUAAGGUGGUGCAAUGUACGUGAGAAUCCUUGUGUUUGUCUUUCAUCCCAACAGGACAGUGUGCCUCAUCCUUCUGUUUUCUCAGUACCUGAGCAAAGUUGAAGUUCCUUUGAUUGCUUACAAGGAUAAGAAGUGGAAAGUCUUCCAGUAUCCUCUCUUUAAGCUGUUUUCAGUAAGUUAUUAUACCUGUUUUCUGUGCUGAAAGAUGCUUGCUUCAUAUAUACAGUACAUCACCAUUUUAUACACCACACUUUAAUUCUGCACACCUGUUACAACGUUUCAGGCACAGACUCUGCAUGUACUUUGUGACCCUUCGUAGCCCUUCAUAGCCCUUGCAUAAACACCUACAGUAUACAGUAUACAACUUCUGUUUAAAGAAAAUGCGUUUCUUGUAAUCAUUUUUAUGAACAUUGUUACCAUUCAUACAUUUGUUACCAUAAAAACUCCAUUGUUCUAAAUUAAAUGUAUACUUAAACCACAAAUAUCUUACAGUUCUUAGCUUGAAUAAGCAUGAAUAAAGCCCAUCCUUUUUGGUAAAAGAAAUCCCCCAACAGAAAUGACCCAACAUGUACUUUCUACACAGUAAUUCAGGGGUUUUCCAAGGGCUCAUAAGUAUACAGUAAGUAAAUGCCACCUUCCCUAAUCCCUAAUGGAGGAGAGGGAUAAUUCACGCAUUUAAGUCAUCUUAAAGAGAUAGUUCACCCAAAUUACAAAGCAGUCUAUUGACAAGGUAUGACAGCAAUCCAUGCUUUGGUUUAGUUGCUAAAUGCUAAUGUUUUAGCAUUUUUGGCACAAAUCCCAUUCAAGAUAUUAGCAUUUUUGCGCAUCAUGUUCAAAUCAUCUAUAAGUGACUUUGUUGAGCUUCACAUUCAAUUGUAGAUGCUUUUGGAUGAUUUUGACAUGAUGCACAAAAGAUGCUAAUGUCAGUCCCAUGACUUGAAUGAUAUCUGUGCCACAAAUGCUAAAACGUUAGCAUGUGGAAAGAGUUCCAGGGAAACUAAACCAAAGCAUGGAUUGCUGUCAUACCUUGUCCAUAGAGUGAUUACAGGGUAAGGCAACCAAUGUGUCAUUUUGUAAUUUGGAUGAACUAUCCCUUUAACUCAACUCUCGAACACCCUGAGGGUGACAUCGGAGUGGUUCAAUUGCUUUUCUGGGGUGAGUGAAUGGGCCCCCAGUAAUGAAUUAUUAAUAUGAAGUACCUCCCCUCCUGUCAGAUGCAAGAACACACCCUUCACCACAUGGUUAAAGGCAAACACAGUCCUCAGGAUGCUAGAAUGGUACUUGCCUGUGGAAACAAUCACUUGUUUCACUGUCUUGAGCUGGGGUUUUAAUUGCCUGGUGAUUCAGUUGUGCUGUUGUGAACAUAUUAGUAAGAUAAACAUAUUAGUAAGCUACUCUCAUGCUGCAGAUAUCCAUGGAACCCUAGUCCAAGUGCACCGCUAAACGUUAAUACAUUUAGAGUUUUGCAAUCCACUUGUUACACAGAGAGACGGUUUCCCUGACACAGAGUAAGCCUAGUGCUGGACUAAGAAACAUGUUCAAUGGAGAUUUUCUACUCAACAUGCUUUUAGUCCCAGCCAGGUGACCCGUGAUACAAGUCAGUAUUCGAACGUCCAUCCAUGUCUGAGGACGUCGGGAGAUGACGUAGAAACCAGCCACUAGGGGCAACAGUGAGCUCUGUUACCGUCAAGUAGGUUUUGGUUUUGCUAGAACACGGCGGAUGGGCGUAAACAUCUGCCUCCGGUGCCAAAAGUUGCAUUUUCGAAUCCAGCGAUAGAAAGUUGUUUUUUAGAUUUUUGUUUUAAGCCCAUCCCAUCGCAAACGUUAACCCUUACCUUAACCAUUCUGAUUUAAUGCCUAACCUUAAGAUUUAGGAGUUAAUGGCUAAACUUAACCCUAACCUUAAAAAUGUGGAGUUCAUGACUAAACUUAACCUUAAACACUUCGAAAUAUGAAGUUUGGAAUAACUUCUAAAUUUAACGUUUGAGAAACAUGGUGAACGUCUGAUUCUGACGUGAGACUGUGAGAGCUUUUUGUUUAGUACCGGGCUAAAUUUAAUCUGGGUCCAGGAAACGGGCCCACUGUGCGCUACAUGAGCAGAACACCUAGGGAGCUAACCAUAAUAAGAAAGUCACUCCCUGUGCCUUCUCUUUUAACACCACUUCAGGAUUAAUACAUUCCUUUGGGAGUGAUGAAUAAUGGACAGUCUAUGCCAAAAGGCAUGUUGAAGAAAUUUGGUGAUAGAAAAAAAAGCAAAACCAUAGAUGAAAAGGAGUUCACAGCAGGGUUUAGUCAUUCUUAUUUGCACAACAUGACCUACUCCUCGAUGCACCUCUACAGAAACUCAAAAUAUGCCCGCUGGGGAAGUGGCACACAGUUGUCAAAAUCAUAACAGAAAGCAGAGGUGUAAGAGAGCUAAACGUUUAGGAUCAGAAUGAGGAUGUUCCAACCUGUAGCUACGUGGAAGAGGUACUCUAUGUCAAGACAAGCACACACCUUACAUCUACAUUCUAGCAGCAAUAAGUGAAUAACCACAUUUUAGAGCUGUAAGAUGUGUUUACAAAAUAUCACCUGUCUGCACGUACAGUGAGGGAAAAAAGUAUUUGAUCCCCUGCUGAUUUUGUACGUUUGCCCACUGACAAAGACAUGAUCAGUCUAUUAUUUUAAUGGUAGGUUUAUUUGAACAGUGAGAGACAGAAUAACAACAAAAAAAUCCAGAAAAACGCAUGUCAAAAAUGUUAUAAAUUGAUUUACAUUUUAAUCCAGGCUCUGUCGCAGCCGGCCGCGACCGGGAGACUCAUGGGAGGCGCACAAUUGGCCCAGCGUCGUCCAGGGUAGGGGAGGGAAUGGCCGGCAGGGAUGUAGCUCAGUUGAUAGAGCAUGGCGUUUGCAAUGCCAGGGUUGUGGGUUCAAUUCCCACGUGGGGGCAGUAAAAAAAAAUAUGUAUUCACUAACUGUAAGUCGCUCUGGAUAAGAGCGUCUGCUAAAUGACUAAAAUUUAAAUGUAAAUGUUAAUGAGGGAAAUAAGUAUUUGACUUAGUACUUGGUGGCAAAACUCUUGUUGGCAAUCACAGAGGUCAGACGUUUCUUGUAGUUGGCCACCAGGUUUGCACACAUCUCAGGAGGGAUUUUGUUCCAUUCCUCUUUGCAGAUCUUCUCCAAGUCAUUAAGGUUUCGAGGCUGACGUUUGGCAACUCGAACCUUCAGCUCCCUCCACAGAUUUUCUAUGGGAUUAAGGUCUGGAGCCUGGGUAGGCCACUCCAGGACCUUAAUGUGCUUCUUCUUGAGCCACUCCUUUGUUGCCUUGGCCGUGUGUUUUGGGUCAUUGUCAUGCUGGAAUACCCAUCCACGACCCAUUUUCAAUGCCCUGGCUGAGGGAAUGAGGUUCUCACCCAAGAUUUGACGGUACAUGGCCCCGUCCAUCGUCCCUUUGAUGCGGUGAAGUUGUCCUGGCCCCUUAGAAAAACACCCCCAAAGCAUGUAUCCACCUCCAUGUUUGACGGUGGGGAUGGUGUUCUUGGGGUCAUAGGCAGUAUUCCUCCUUCUCCAAACACGGCGAGUUGAGUUGAUGCCAAAGAGCUCGAUUUUGGUCUCAUCUGACCACAACACUUUCACCCAGUUCUCCUCUGAAUCAUUCAGAUGUUCAUUGGCAAAUUUCAGACGGCCCUGUAUAUGUGCUUUCUUGAGCAGGGGGACCUUGCGGGCGCUGCAGGAUUUCAGUCCUUCACAGUGUAGUGUGUUACCAAUUGUUUUCUUGGUGACUAUGGUCCCAGCUGCCUUGAGAUCAUUGACAAGAUCCUCCUGUGUAGUUCUGGGCUGAUUCCUCACCGUUCUCAUGAUCAUUGCAACUCCACGAGGUGAGAUCUUGCAUGGAGCCCCAGGCCGAGGGUGAUUGACAGUUAUUUUGUGUUUCUUCCAUUGCGAAUAAUCGCACCAACUGUUGUCACCUUCUCACCAAGCUGCUUGGCGAUGGUCUUGUAGCCCAUUCCAGCCUUGUGUAGGUCUACAAUCUUGUCCCUGACAUCCUUGGAGAGCUCUUUGGUCUUGGCCAUGGUGGAGAGUUUGGAAUCUGAUUGAUUGAUUGCUUCUGUGGACAGGUGUCUUUUAUACAGGUAACAAGCUGAGAUUAGGAGCACUCCCUUUAAGAAUGUGCUCCUAAUCUCAGCUCGUUACCUGUAUAAAAGACACCUGGGAGCCAGAAGAGGGGGUCAAAUACUUAUUUCCCUCAUUAAAAUGCAACUCAAUUUAUAACAUUUUUGACAUGCGUAUUUCUGGAUUUUUUUGUUGUUAUUCUGUCUCUCACUGUUCAAAUAAACCUACCAUUAAAAUUAUAGACUGAUCAUUUCUUUGUCAGUGGGCAAACGUACAAAAUCAGCAGGGGAUCAAAUACUUUUUUCCCUCACCUACCAUGCACCUUUCAACUUGACGUCUGAUGGAAAUAAAUACAAACAAAAACAUGCCACAAAGUGGCAACAUAAUACUAUAUGUAUCUAAACGAUGUCUAAAUUAUAUCUAAACUAAAUGAGAUGUCUAAACUAACCGAUAUUUCUAAACGAUAUGUCUAAAUGAUAUGUCUUAAUGAGAUGUCUAAACUAAACGAUACGUCUAAAUGAUAUGUCUAAAUGAAAUGUCUUAAUGAGAUGUCUAAACUAAACGAUACGUCUAAAUGAUAUGUCUAAAUGAUAUGUCUUAAUGAGAUGUCUAAACUAACCGAUAUUUCUAAACGAUAUGUCUAAAUGAUAUGUCUUAAUGAGAUGUCUAAACUAAACGAUACGUCUAAAUGAUAUGUCUAAAUGAUAUGUCUUAAUGAGAUGUCUAAACUAAACGAUACGUCUAAAUUAUAUGUCUAAAUGAGAUGUCUAAAUUAAACAAUAUGUCUUAAUGAGAUGUCUAAACUAAACGAUAUGUCUAAAUGAGAUGUCUAAACUAAACGAUACGUCUAAAUUAUAUGUCUAAAUGAGAUGUCUAAACUAAACAAUAUGUCUAAAUGAGAUGUCUAAAUUAAACAAUAUGUCUAAAUGAGAUGUCUAAACUAAACAAUAUGUCUAAAUGAGAUGUCUAAACUAAACGAUAUGUCUAAAUGAGAUGUCUAUACUAAACAAUAUGUCUAAAUGAGAUGUCUAAACUAAACGAUAUGUCUAAAUGAGAUGUCUAAACUAAACAAUAUGUCUAAAUGAGAUGUCUAUACUAAACGAUAUGUCUAAAUGAGAUGUCUAAACUAAACGAUAUGUCUAAAUGAGAUGUCUAUACUAAACAAUAUGUCUAAAUGAGAUGUCUAAACUAAACGAUAUGUGUAAAUGAGAUGUCUAAAUGAGAUGUCUAAACUAAACAAUAUGUCUAAAUGAGAUGUCUAUACUAAACGAUAUGUCUAAACUAAACAAUGCAUUUCUCAUUUCUGUUCACCCACAGGCUUUGUUUGGGAUGUGUGGUGCUUGGUUGGUCUGCUUCUUGCUAACCAUCUUCGAAGCCCUUCCCUCUCAGCCGGACCAGUAUGGCUACACAGCCAGGACUGACGUGAACCUGGAUGCCGUCACUAGCGCACCAUGGUUCCACGUCCCAUAUCCAGGUGAGAUGGAGCAAUAUAAUUUAUUAUUGUAUUUUUUAUUUUUUAUUUAUUCAGGGUAAACCCAUUGAGACCAAGGUCUCAUUGCCAAUGGUCCACAGAUCACAGCAAUACAAAAACCAAUACAAUGUCAAACAAAACAGCAGAAAAACAGUUACAUUCCUCAGCUACUAGGCCCUCAAUCAACACCAUAAACUGCCCGAGCGGCACCAGAACAUCCAAUUGUAAUGAGUUCUGCAAAUUGUUCCAGCAGUGAGGCGCAUUAAAACUAAAAGCGGAUUUACCUCAUUCGGUGGAGACCCAAGGAACCUCAACAGUUAACCAACCCUGUGAACGGGUUUGGUAACUCAUGUUUUUAUACUUCAACAAUGAAGUUAGGUAAGUUGGAAGCUUGUGUAGUAGAGCUUUGUAAACAAAAAGGGCCGAUGUACUCCUGAUGAAAGAACAAAUAUAUAUAUGCACAUCCAACUGGUAAAAAACAAAAUGUAUGAAAAAGUGAAUAAUGUUUGCGCAACACUAUAUACUCCAAACAUAUAAAAAUAGCAGUUGUCUAGCAAUGAUCAACAACCAAUUUGACAGAGCUUGAAGAAUUUGAAAAAAUAAUAAUGGGCAAGUGUUGCACAAUCCAGUUGUGGAAAGCUCUUAGAGACUUAUCCAGAAAGACUCACAGCUGUAAUCGCUGCCAAAGGUGUUUCUACAAAGUAUUGACUCAUGGGUGUGAAUACUUAUGUAAAUUAUGUAUUUUCUAUAUUUUAUUUUCAAUAAAUUAGCAAAAAUGUCUAAAACAUGUUUUCAAUUUGUCAUUAUGGGGUAUUGGUGUGUAGAUGGGUGAGAAAAAAUAAUAUUAUGGAAUCCAUUUUGAAUUCAGGCUGUAACACAACAUGUGGAAUAAGUCAAGGGGUAUGAAUACUUUCUGAAGGCACUGUAUAAUGGGGUAUCCUGUUUUCUGCUAACAAUGCCUGCAGUAACGCUGUUGACCUUGAACUUCCGUGGCUUCAAUGAGAUUGGGCAGUCCUUCUCCCCUGGCAUAAUCCCAUGACUCCCGAUCAGAAGGUUGCGUAUUCAAUUCCAGUGGUGGACACUCAUUUAUUUUUACUAUCCCAAACCUUCAAGGCCCAAUGCAGCCAUUUUAAUCUCAAUAUAAAAUCCUUUCUGGAUAACAAUUAAGGACCUUACUGAGACUGUUUAAAUUAAAAUCAAGUGCAAUUUCUGAAGGAAGAAUUUUGGUUGGACUGUCUGGGAAUAGCCUGAGUGGGUAGGGGAAACUGAAAACUAGCUGCAAUUGGCAGAGAGGUUUGGAACUCUUUCUUAUUGGUCUAUUAACCAAUUUACCAUCUGGUAAUGUAUCCAGGCAGGUCAAAACUCCAUCCCACCAAAACAGGCAGAAAUUUCAGGCGGUCUUUUCAAACAGCUCUUACACUAAAAGGACAUUAUCAUAAUUUUCACCAUUUCACAGUAUUAUUCAACCUCAUAGUGUGGAAAUAUAUAUAAAACACAGGACAAUCAUGUUUUUGACUGCACUGGGCCUUUAAACCUUACCUUAACCAUUCAGGAUGAAUCCCUUAAGUUUUAAAUAUGAUGAUUGGAGCAACUUUAAAAUGUUACAUUUGGAGAAACGAUGCUGAGCAGGAGGAGCAACCCAGGGUGUCAAAAACACUUUGAAAUUUGACUUUUGGAGAAUAAAUCAAAAACGUCUAAUUCUGCAGUGACACUGUGAGAGCUUGUUGCAUAAAGCAGGAUAGGUAAUUAAGACUUGUCUGUCAGUACACCUACUGGAGGCAGCCUCUUUCAUCUAGGCUGUGUCCCAAAUGGUACCCUUUCACUUACAUCCUGCACUAAAUUUGACAAGGGCCCUUAGGGCUCUGGUCAAAAGUAGUGCACUAUGUAGGGAAUAAGGUGCUAUUUAGGACGCAGCUCUAGAACCUGCCAAACCUAGCUCAUUAAACUGCCAUUCCUUCAACUGCAAGUGAUGAAAGACUUCCAACUAAUUAUUUGUUUUCAUCAUUGGCCAGUUGUUUACACAGUUUAUUUUCAUUUACUGUAAUUUACAUUUUAGUCAUUUAGCAGACGCUCUUUUCCAGAGCGACUUACAGGAGCAAUUAGGGUUAAGUGCCUUGCUCAAGGGCACAUCGACAGAUUUUUCACCUAGUUGGCUCGGGGAUUAGAACCAGCGACCUUUCGGUUACUGGCACAACGCUCUUAACCACUAAGCUACCUGCCGCACCAAUUAGUAAUUAGCAUGCAUUACAUUUUGAUGUGCCCCAACCUCAAAGAAUUUGUGAGCAAACCACACAACCUCCUUUAAAGAGCAAGGAAUUCAUAGUUUAUCGCUCCAAGUUCACCUCUUCUGUACUGUAGCAUUAGUACCUGUCAAAGAAUACAUUACAAUGUUGAAAGUCUAAAGAAAACUGUAGACAACUGUAGUCUUUCUGUCAGUCUCACCGAAUAAUUCUAAUUAAAAGGAAUGUACAGUAUGUGCAUGAAAACAUAUAUAUUUUGUGAAUGUGCGUGCGUGUGUGCACAUGAAUGUGUGUGUGCUAAUCUGUCCACUCUCUGUCCCUUUAGGCCAAUGGGGCAUGCCCACAGUGAGUGUGUCCUCGGUGUUGGGCAUGAUAGCUGGCGUCCUUGCCUCCACCAUGGAGUCCAUUGGGGACUACUACGCCUGUGCCCGCCUGUCCGGUGCCCCUCCUCCGCCCACCCACGCAAUCAACAGGGGUAUCGCUGUGGAGGGCAUUGGCUGCAUCCUGGCAGCGCUGUGGGGCAGCGGGAACGGCACCACAUCCUAUAGCCAGAACAUCGCAGCACUGGGCAUCACUAAAGUAUGUCCUCCAUAUACUAUUUUGGGCCACGUUCAGUAUAGGAAUGUGAUGGUGAUGUUAUUGUAAAGCCUCCUAUGGCAAUGACAAAAGGCUGAUCAAACAUGCAGGACUAUCUAAGCUUUUCUUGGCUUGCUUGUUGAAUCUUGGUCUGAAAUUCCUGACAGUUCUUAGUUGCGUUCCCAUGAUGUCUCAGGGCCCAAAUAAGGCUGCCAGCCUGUCAUCCUGCCACUGUUAGCAUGACGGAUAGCCCCCAUACGUUAAUGAUUAAUGACUUGUAAUGCUGUGCGCUUUUCGUUGUGCCCACCAUGCCAGGUUGGCAGCAGACUGGUCCUUCAGACUGCUGGUCUCCUGAUGAUCAUCCUGGGACUCUUUGGGAAGUUCGGGGCCGUUUUCAUCACCAUUCCAGACCCGGUCAUCGGAGGCAUGUUCCUCGUCAUGUUCGGAAUGAUUGCAGCUGUGGGAAUCUCCAACCUUCAGGUUAAAAAAAUCAUAGAAAAAAUGGGUUCACUGAAGUUCUGUUUAGAUCAAUCAUUUCAAACACCUACUGUACAUAUGUGUGUAUUGAUAAAGUAUCAUCAAGGAUAACAUGCAUCUGCAUAGAUAUACAGUACCAAUCAAAAGUUUGGACACACCUACUCAUUCAAGGGUUUGUCUUUAUUUUUACUAUUUUCUUAAAUUGUAGAAUAAUAGUGACGACAUCUAAACUAUGAAAUAACACAUAUGGAAUCAUGUAGUAACCAAAAAAGUGUUAAACAAAUCAAAAUAUAUUUUAUAUUUGAGAAUUUUCAAAUAGCCACCCUUUGCCUUGAUGACAGCUUUGCACACUCUUGGCAUUCUCUCAACCAGCUUCACCUGGAAUGCUUUUCCAACAGUCUUGAAGGAGUUCCCACAUAUGCUGAGCACUUGUUGGCUGCUUUUCCUUCACUCUGCUGUCCGACUCAACCCAAACCAUCUCAACUGGGUUGAGCUCGGGGGAAUGUGGAGGCCAGGUCAUCUGAUGCAGCACUCCAUCACUCUCCUUCUUGGUAAAAUAUCCCUUUAACAGCCUGGAGGUGUCAUUGUCCUGUUGAAAAAAAAAUUAUAGUCCCACUAAGCCCAAACCAGAUGGGAUGGCGUAUCGUUGCAGAAUGCUGUGGUAGUCAUGCUGGUUAAGUGUACCUUGAAUUCAUGCUUUACGGUGGGAACUACACAUGCGGAGAUCAUCCGUUCACCCACACCGCGUCUCACAAAGACACAGCGGUUGGAACCAAAACCUCCAAUUUGGACUCCAGACCAAAGGACAAAUUCCCACAAGUCUAAUGUCCAUUGCUCGUGUUUCUUGGCCCACACAGGUCUCUUAUUCUUAUUGGUGUCCUUUAGUAGUGGUUUCUUUGCAGCAAUUCGACCUUGAAGGCCAGAUUCACACAGUCCCCUCUGAACAGUUGAUGUUGAGAUGUAUCUGUGACUUGAACUCUGUGAAGCAUUUAUUUGGGCUGCAAUUUCUGAGGCUGGUAACUCUAAUGAACUUAUCCUCUGCAGCAGAGGUAACUCUGGGUCUUCCAUUCCUGUGGCGGUCCUCAUGAAAGCCAGUUUCAUCAUAGCGCUUGAUGGUUUUUGCGACUGCACUUGAAGAAACGUUCAAAGUUCUUGAAAUUUUCCGUAUUGACUGACCUUCAUGUCUUUAAGUAAUGAUGGACUGUCUUUUCUCUUUGCUUAUUUUAGCUGUUCUUGCCAUGAUAUGGACUUGGUAUUUUACCAAAUAGGGCUAUCUUCUGUAUCCCCCCUAUCUUGUCACAACACAACUGAUUGGCUCAAACGCAUUAAGGAGGAAAGAAAUUCCACAAAUUAACUUUUAAGAAGGCACACCUGUUAAUUGAAAUGCAUUCCAGGUGACUACCUCAUGAAGCUGGUUGAGAGAAUUCUAAGUGUGUGCAAAGCUGUCAUCAAGGAAAAGGGUGGCUAUUUGAAGAAUCUCAAAUAUAAAAUAUAUUUUGAUUUGUUGAACGCUUUUUUGGUUACUACGUGAUUACAUAUGUGUUAUUUCAUAGUUUUGAUGUCUUCACUAUUAUUCUAUAAUGUAAAUAAUAGUGGAGAAAAAAAACAACAACCUUGAAUGAGUAGGUGUGUCCAAACCUUUGACUGGUAGUGUACAGUUGAAGUCGGAAGUUUACAUACACCUUAGCCAAAUACAUUUAAACUCAGUUUUUCACUAUUCCUGACAUUUAAUCCUAGUAAAAAUUCCCUGUUUUAGGUCCGUUAGGAUCACCACUUUAUUUUAAGAAUGUGAAAUGUCAGAAUAAUAGUAGAGAGAAUUAUUUCUUUCAUCACAUUCCCAACGGGUCAGAAGUUUACAUACACUCAAUUAGAAUUAGGUAGCAUUGCCUUUAAAUUGUUUAACUUGGGUCAAACGUUUCGGGUAGCCUUCCACAAGCUUCCCCCAAUAAGUUGGGUUAAUUUUGGCCCAUUCCUCCUGACAGAGCAUGUUUAACUGAGUCAGGUUUGUAGGCCUCCCUGCUCGCACACGCUUUUUCAGUUCUGCCCACACAUUUUCUAUAGGUUUGAGGUCAGGGCUUUGUGAUGGCCACUCAAACACCUUGACAUUGUUGUCCUUAAGCCAUUUUGCCACAACUUUGGAAGUAUGCUUGGGGUCAUUGUCCAUUUGGAAGACCCAUUUGCGACCAAGCUUUAACUUCCUGACUGAUGUCUUGAGAUGUUGCUUCAAUACAUCCACAUAAUUUUCCUUCCUCAUGAUGCCAUCUAUUUUGUGAAGUGCACCUGUCCCUCCUGCAGCAACAGCACCCCCCACAGCUGAUGCUGCCACCCCCCGUGCUUACACGGUUGGGAUGGUGUUCUUCGGCUUGCAAGCAAUCCCCUUUUCCUCCAAACAUACGAUGGCCAUUAUGGCCAAACAGUUCUAUUUUUGUUUAAUCAGACCAGAGGACAUUUCUCCAAAAAGUACGCUCUUUGUCCCCAUGUGCAGUUGCAAACCGUAGUCUGGCUUUUUAUAGCGGUUUUGGAGCAGUUGCUUCUUCCUUGCUGAGCGGCCUUUCAGGUUAUGUCGAUAUAGGACUCGUUUUACUGUGGAUAUAGAUACUUUUGUACCUGUUUCUUCCAGCAUCUUCACAAGGUCCUUUGCUGUUGUUCUGGGAUUGAUUUGCACUUUUCGCACCAAAGUACGUUCAUCUCUAGGAGACAGAACGCGUCUCCUUCCUGAGCGGUAUUACGGCUGCGUGAUCCCAUGGUGUUUAUACUUGCGUACUAUUGUUUGUACAGAUCAACGUGGUACCUUCAGGCAUUUGGAAAUUGCUGCCAAGGAUGAACCAGACUUGUGGAGGUCUACAAUUCUUUUUCUGAGGUUUAGGCUGAUUUCUUUUGAUUUUCCCAUGAUGUCAAGGAAAGAGGCAUUGCGUUUGAAGGUAGGCCUUGAAAUACAUCCACAGGUACACCUCCAAUUGACUCAAAUGAUGUCAAUUAGCCUAUCAGAAGCUUCUAAAGCCAUGACAUCAUUUUCUGGAAUUUUCCAAGCUGUUUAAAGGCACAGUCAACUUAGUGUAUGUAAACUUCUGACCCACUGGAAAGUGCAAUAAUCUGUCUGUAAACUAUUGUUGGAAAAAUGACUUGUGUCAUGCACAAAGUAGAUGUCCUAACCGACUUGCCAAAACUAUAGUUUGUUAACAAGAAAUUUGUGGAGUGGUCGAAAAACGAGUUUUAAUGACUCCAACCUAAGUGUAUGUAAACUUCCGACUUCAACUGUAUGUUAAUGCUUAAAAUAUCAUUAAGGAUCAUAAAUCUCUACAAUACUUCUUUCCGUUCUGUCCUUUAUCAGGCAAUUGCGUACCACAGUCUCGUGGGGACCCCCACAACGUCUGAACAAAAUGUGCAGUUUUAGCUACUCUCAUGCUAUUCCACACAUUUUGCAUUGAGUCUGAGAGAAUUUUGCAGUUUUACGUCUAAUUUCCUGUCAUUCUAAAAAUGUAUUUGCCAUAACUCAUGAUGUGUUCAUAUGCUGUCUGGGGAGGGGUGUGACUUCCUUCUUUUCAUUUAUGAGUUCUUUGCCUUUUUCCAUGGUGAUGAAUGCGUGUUACCUAAUUUUUAUUCCCCAGUGAAACAGGAAGCCAUGGAAGGCCACAAUAGAGUUCCUUAAGCUUAUUUUUAAGCUACAUAAACAAAUUGAAUGUUAAUGUAGAUUUUAUUUUGUUUGAUUUAAUUUAUAAUAAUCUUUAGGGGUGGCAAUAAUUUUGACACAAGUAUUUUUUUUAUUUUUUACUUCUUCAACCAAAUCUCUUUUUUCUGAGCAAUUGUAUUAGUAUAAAAUAAUAUAAUUCCCCCAUUUUUUGGAGCAUGCAAAAUAUAGCUCAGUAUUUUUAUUAUUUAUUUUAUACAGUUUUUUUGCUCAUCUUUAUCAAGGGAGCCAAUAACUUUGGAUCUGACUGUAUUAUCAAACAUGACAGAAGUGUCAUGAAGAGGUUAUAAUAGAUUGAAUUUAUAUAGCGCUUUUCUACCAACUCAGGUACUCAAAGCACUUUGCAUAAUAAGGAGGAAACUCACCUCAUCCACCACCAAUAUGCAGCACCUACCUCGGUAAUGCACGGCAACCAUUUUUUUGCCAGAAGACUCACCACACAUCAGCAGGAGAGGUGAGAAGUGACACAUGCCAAUUAGGAAUGAGGGGGAGGAUUAGGUGGCCAUGAUGGAAUGGGGCUCGGUAAGGAAUUUUGCCAGGACUCUUACGUUAAGUGCCAUGGGAUCUUUAGUGACCACAGAGAGUCAGGACACCCGUGUAACAUCACAUCCGAAAGAUGGCACCCUACGCAGGGCAAUGUCCAAUACCACUUCCAGAAGCAUCUGGUGUCCCAUCCAGUGACCAACCAGGACCAACCCUGCUUAGCUUCAGAGGCAAGCCAGCAGUGGUAUGCAGGGUAGUAUGCUGCUGGCAAGGAAGGUUAGGGCGAGCAGCCUCUCACACUGAAAUAUUUUCUAACCAUUACUCUAAUCAGCUCAUCCAUGAAGCACUGAUAAAACAUUAGCACCUGUACAGGGGUCUGGGGCUGCUGUGCACUUGCUGUCAAGCUGCAUGGCUGCCAUAAGGCAAACUGGAGCAGUGGUUCCUCAAAACUCUCUGGACUGUCUGUGACCCAAAGCUUAUGGACUUAUAUUGAGUCUUUCCAAGAAAACAUAAAUACUAUUUAUAUGAUCCAGGAUCCAGUUGUAAGCCAUUAUGACCUGAUGAGUUUGAACCUGGGUCUCCUGUGGACCACAAAUCAAAUCAAAUCAGAUUGAUUGUAUUGGUCGCAUACACAUAUUCAGCAGAUGUUAUUGCGGGUGUAGCGAAAUGCUUGUGUUCUUAACUCCAACAGUGCAGUAAUAUCUAACAAUAUCUAACAAUACACACCAAUACACAUGAAUCUAAAAAGCAAAAUAAUGGAAUUAAGAAAUAUAUAAAUAUUAGGAUGAGCAAUGUCAGAGUCCGGAGUAUAAAUACACUAUAUUUACAAAAUAUGUGGACACCCUUUCAAAUUAGUGGAUUUGGCUAUUUCAGCCACACCCGUUGCUGACAGGUGUAGAAAAUGGAGCACAUAGCCAUGCAAUCUCCAAAGACAAACAUUGGCAGUAGAAUGGCCUUACUGAAGAUCUCAGUGACUUUCAACGUGACACUGUCAUAAGAUGACACCUUUCCAACAAGUCAGUUCGUCAAAUUUAUGCCCUGCUAGAGCUGCCCCGGUCAACUGUAAGUGCUGUUAUUGUGAAGUGGAAAGUCUAGGAGCAACAAUGGCUCAGUCGCAAAGUGGUAGGCCACACAAGCUCACAGAAUGAGACCGCCGAGUACUGAGUAAAAAUCUUUGGAUGCAACUCAGCAUUCUUUGUCCUCCAAACACGACGAGUUGAGUUUUUACCAAAAAGUUCUAUAUUGGUUUCAUCUGAACAUAUGACAUUCUCCCAAUCCUCUUCUGGAUCAUCCAAAUGCACUCUAGCAAACUUCAGACGGGCCUGGACAUGUACUGGCUUAAGCAGGGGGACACGUCUGGCACUGCAGGAUUUGAGUCCCUGGCGGCGUAGUGUGUUACUGAUGGUAGGCUUUGUUACUUUGGUCCCAGCUCUCUGCAGGUCAUUCACUAGGUCCCCCCGUGUGGUUCUGGGAUUUUUGCUCACCGUUCUUGUGAUCAUUUUGACCCCACGGGGUGAGAUCUUGCGUGGAGCCCCAGAUCGAGGGAGAUUAUCAGUGGUCUUGUAUGUCUUCCAUUUCCUAAUAAUUGCUCCCACAGUUGAUUUCUUCAAACCAAGCUGCUUACCUAUUGCAGAUUCAGUCUUCCCAGCCUGGUGCAGGUCUACAAUUUUGUUUCUGGUGUCCUUUGACAGCUCUUUGGUCUUGGCCAUAGUGGAGUUUGGAGUGUGACUGUUUGAGGUUGUGGACAGGUGUCUUUUAUACUGAUAACAAGUUCAAACAGGUGCCAUUAAUACAGGUAACGAGUGGAGGACAGAGGAGCCUCUUAAAGAAGAAGUUACAGGUCUGUGAGAGCCAAAAAUCUUGCUUGUUUGUAGGUGACCAAAUAAUUAUUUUCCACCAUAAUUUGCAAAUAAAUUCAUUAAAAAUCCUACAAUGUGAUUUUCUGGAUUUUCUUUCCUCAAUUUGUCUGUCAUAGUUGACGUGUACCUAUGAUGAAAAAGGCCUCUCUCAUCUUUUUAAGUGGGAGAACUUGCACAAUUGGUGGCUAACUAAAUACUUUUUUUCCCCACUCUAUGAAGUGGGUAAAACAGUACGUAAGCAUUAUUAAAGUGACCAGUGUUCCAUGACUAUGUACAUAAUGCAGUAGUCUCAAAGGUGCAUGGUAGAGUAACCGGAUGGUAGCCGGCUAGUGACAGUGACUAAAGUUCAGGGCAGGGUACUGGGCGGAGGCCGGCUAGUGGUGACUAUUUAACAGUUUGAUGGCCUGGAGAUAGAAGCUGUUUUUCAGUCUCUUCGUCCCAGCUUUGAUGCACCUGUUCUGACCUCGCCUUCUAGAUGGUAGCGGGAUGAACAGGCUGUGGCUCGGGUGGCUGAGGUCCUUGAUGAUCUUCUUGGCCUUCCUGUAACACCGGGUGCUGUAGAUGUCCUGGAAGGCAGGCAGUUUGCCCCCGGUGAUGCGUUGGGCAGACCGCACCACCCUCUGGAGAGCCCUGCGGUUGUGGAUGGUGCAGUUGCCGUACCAGGCGGUGAUACAGCCCAACAGGAUGCUCUCAGUGGUGCAUCUGUAAAAGUUUGUGAGGGUCUUAGGGGCCAAGACAAAAUCCUGUUGCACCUUCUUCACUACACUUUCUGUAUGGGUGGACCAUUUCAGAGGAACUUGAAGCUUUUCACCUUCUUCACUGUGGCCCUGUCGAUGUGGAUGCUCCCUCUUCUGUCUCCUGAAGUCCACGAUCAACUCCUUUGUUUUGUUGACGUUGAGGGAGAGGGAGAGGUUAUUUUCAUGGCACCACUCUGCCAGGGCCCUCACCUCCUCUCUGUAGGCUGUCUCGUCGUCAUUGGUAAUCUGGCCUACCACUGUUGUGUCUUCUGCAAACUUGAUGAUUGAGUUGAGUCAAGGGUGAACAGGGAGUUUAGGAGGGGGCUGAGCACGCACCCUUGUGGGGCCCCUGUGUUGAGGAUCAGCGUAGUGGAGGUGUUGUUACCUACCUUAACCACCUGGGGGCGGCCCGUCAGGAAGUCCAGGAACCAGUUGCACAGGGCGGGGUUCAGACCCAGGGCCUCAAGCUUAAUGAUGAACUUGGAGGGUACUAUGGUGUUGAAGGCUGAGCUGUAGUCACUGUACAACAUUCUUACAUAGGUAUUCCUCUUGUCCAGAUGGGAUAGGGCAGUGUGCAGUGUGAUCGCAAUUGCGUCAUCCGUGGAUCUAUUUGGGCGGUAUGCAAAUUGCAGUGGGUCUAGGUUGUCAGGUAAAAUGGAGGUGAUAUGAUCCUUAACUAGCCUUCAAGAGUGAGCUAACACAAUAUUCUGGUCUUAGGCACAAGCAUGGCUCAGCAAACCCCUCGGUUACACCUUGACCCAAAAAGAAUAAGCCCUGACCCGCCACUGCUUCAGUAGAGUGGUGAAAUGAUCAGGAAGCCAGGAUAAGACUGAUGUAGAAUCAGACAGAACUCUUGGUCAGGUCGUUAUUGCUUAAGAGAAUAUGUUUUUUCUAAAUAACUUAACUUAAAGUUGAAAUAGAUACAACUCUAAUGGAUUCCUCUGCUCCCAACAGUACGUGGACCUGAACUCCUCCAGGAACUUACUCAUCUUGGGCUUCUCAACCUUCAGUGGCCUGGUGCUGCCUACCUGGUUCCACUCAAACCCAGGCAUCAUUGACACAGGUGAGUCUGUCACAUGUAGUAUAUGGGAUAAAUAUAUGGGAUAAGCUGACUGUACGCUGGUUUCAUCAGGCUUACCUCCCAAUCCUCUUGGCCAAUCUCAGUGUCACUGCGUGACAAUAAUCUGUCAGAAGACUCAGUUUAGGCGCCACUUGGACAGUCGGCUACCACGGCCAGCGUCCUUACCAGUGCUUCUCAUUGACUUCACCUGUCCUCACUUCCCUCCCCCCUCACCUCCCUGUUAGGAUGCUUGCAGCACAGCUGCUGCAUUGGUUAAACAUGGUGGUUAUCAUUCAGGAUCCUGUUAAAUGCACAAAGUACAACCCCUGGGAAUUACAGGAGCUAAAUCGUGGAUCUGAACUAUUGACCGAUGCCUCACCACCUGCCUGGAUUAUUGUUUCCUUUUGAUGUGUUUUCCCAUGGCCAAACACAGCUAGUGUUAUGUACCUACCUUAUGUCUAAUUUGAUUCAACACAACUUUAUUAAUACCCUUGGGGGCUUAUUUAAAAGGCAAGGUGACAGAGCAUGAGCACAAAAAUACAGUGCCUUCAGAAAGUAUUCACACCCCUUGACUUAUUCCACAUUAUAUUGUGUUACAGCCUGAAUUCAAAAUGGAUGAAAUAUAUUUUCUUCCACUCAUCUACACUCAAUAACCCAUAAUGUCAAAGAAAAAACAUUGGUAUUCAUUUCUUUUUGCACAUUUAUUGAAAAUGAAAUACAGAAAUAUUGCAUUUACGUACGUAUUCACACCCAUGAGUCAAUACAUGUUAGAAUCACCUUUGGCAACAAUUACAGCUGUGAGUCUUUCUGGAUAAGUCUCUAAGAGCUUUGCACACCUGGAUUGUACAAUAUUUGCACAUUAUUCUUAAAAUAAUUAUUCAAGCUCUGUCAAGUUGGUUGUUGAUCAUUGCUAUGCAGCCAUUUUCAAGUCUUGCCUUAGAUUUUCAAGCCGAUUUAAGUCAAAACUGUAACUAGGCCACUCAGGAACAUUCAAUGUCUUCUUGGUAAGCAACUCCAGUGUAUAUUUGGCCUUGUGUUUUAGGUUAUUGUCCUGCUAAAGGUGAAUUUGCCUCCCAGUGUCUGUUGCAGACUGAAUCAGGUUUUCCUCUAGGAUUUUGCCUGUGCUUAGGUCUAUUACGUUUCUUUUUAUCCUAAAAAACUCCCUAGUCCUUGCCGAUGACAAGCAUACCUGAGUGGCGCAGCGGUCUAAGGCACUGCAUCUCAGUGCUUGAGGCAUCACUACAGACACCCUAGUUCGAUUCCAGGCUGUAUCACAACUGGCCGUGAUUGGGAGUCCCAUAGGGCGGCGCACAAUUGGCCCAGCGUCGUCCGGGUUUGGCCGGUGUAGGCUGUCAUUGUAAAUAAGAAUUUGUUCUUAACUAACUUGCCUAGUUAAAUAAAAAUAAAUACCCAUAACAUGAUGCAGCCACCACCAUGCUUGAAAAUAUGAAGAGUGGUACUCAGUGUUGUGUUGGGUUUGCCCCAAACAUAAUUAUUUGUAUUCAGGACAUAAAGUUAAUUUCUUUGCCACAUGUUUUGCAGUUUUACUUUAGUGCAUUAUUGCAAACAGGAUGCAUGUUUUGGAAUAUUUUAUUCUGUACAGGCUUCCUCUUUUUACUCUGUCAUUUAGGUUAGUAUUGUGGAGUAACUACAAUGUUGUUGAUCCAUCCUCAGCCAUAAACUCUGUAACAGUUUUAAAGUCACCAUUGGCCUCACUGUGAAAUCCCUGAGCGGUUUCCUUCCUCUCCGGAAGGGCGCCUGUAUCUUUGUAGUGACUGGGUGUAUUGAUACACCAUCCAACAUGUAAUUAACUUCACCAUGCUCAAAUGGAUAUUCAAUGUUUUUUCUAUUUUUACCCAUCUACCAAUAGGUGCCCAUCUUUGCGAGGCAUUUGAAAACCUCCCUGGUCUUUGUGGUUGAAUCUGUAUUUGAAAUUCUCUGCUCAACUGAGGGACCUUACAGAUAGUUGUAUGUGUGGGGUACAGAGAUUAGGUAGUCGUUCAAAAAUCAUGUUAAACACUAUUAUUGCACACAGAGUCAGUCCGUGGAACUUAAGUGACUUGUUAAGCAAAUCUUUACUCCUGUACUUAUUUAGGCUUGCCAUAAGAAAGACAUUGAAUACUUAUUGAUUCAAGACAUUUCAGCUUUUCAUUUGUAAUUAUUUUGUAAACAUAAUUACACUUUUACAUUAUUGGAUAUUGUGUGUAGACCAGUGACACAAAAUCUCCAUUUAAUCUAUUUUAAAUUCAGGCUGUAACAGAACAAAAUGUGAAAAAAGUGAAGGGGUGUGAAUACUUUCUGAAGGCACUGUACAUGUCGUCCACAUUAGACAUUCUGCUAGAUUGAUUUCCAGGUAAGGCACAAAGGCCCCUGAAGCAAUAUCCUGGCUCUCUUGUACCAAAAUCAUCUAUCGAAACCAGUAAGGGGGAGACACAUGCAAUGAUAGGUGAAACAUAGCUUGUUUGUACUGUAUUUAUACUGUAGAUAACCAUCUCUUUGUAUUCACAGGGGUAAAAGAACUGGAUCAAGUUAUAGUUGUUCUCUUCACUACGCACAUGUUCAUCGGUGGGUUCUUUGGAUUUGUAUUGGACAACACGAUUCCAGGUGAGCCAUAACAACAACAGUAUACAUCCAUAUGAUUACAUUUCACAUGUGCAAGCUUAAACGCUCAUCUAAGACACUGAUUUCACAGUCAGGUAUGGCCACAAUUGGAUUCACAUGGAUUCAUGAUGAAUUUUCAAUCAUUUUCAUUUUUACAGGUACCGAAAAAGAGAGGGGCAUUAAAAGUUGGCGUAAGAAAGUGACAGAGGAUGGCAGCACAAUGAUGACAGACCGGUCCUGCUACGAUAUACCUUUUUGUACUAACUGUCUACAGAGGUUCAAGUUCUUCCAGUACCUGCCUUUCCUUCCGUCUUACAAGGCUCCAGAACUUAGAACAUAA